ACCGCUAUUUUUAUACCAUCUACUAUUAUCACAUUAAUCUCUUUCGUGUACAAAUGAAUAUAUUUUGUUAGUAGAAAAACGUACAUAGACAUUUAUAUUAGCAAUUAAUUAUCAGUCAUGAUUAAGGCUAUUUUAGUGUUUAAUAACCAUGGAAAACCUCGACUUUCGAAAUUUUAUCAAUACUUUAACGAGGACAUGCAGCAGCAGAUAAUAAAAGAAACUUUUCAAUUAGUAUCUAAAAGAGAUGACAAUGUUUGUAAUUUCUUGGAAGGUGGAAGCUUAAUUGGUGGAUCUGACUAUAAAUUAAUUUAUCGACACUAUGCAACAUUAUACUUUGUAUUUUGUGUUGAUAGUUCUGAAUCAGAAUUGGGAAUUUUAGACUUGAUACAAGUCUUUGUAGAAACAUUGGACAAAUGUUUUGAGAAUGUAUGCGAGCUGGAUCUCAUUUUUCAUGUAGACAAAGUUCAUUAUAUACUUAAUGAACUGGUAAUGGGUGGAAUGGUUCUAGAAACUAAUAUGACUGAGAUACUUACAAGAAUUGAAGAUCAAAACAAAUUAGAAAAACAAGAGGCAGGAAUCACAGCAGCGCCGGCGCGUGCUGUUUCUGCUGUCAAGAAUAUGAAUAUACCGCAACAGAUAAAGGAUAUGAAGUUGCCUGACUUGCCACAGGCUAUAAAAGACCUCAAAUUCUGACCAGCCGUUACUUCGUUGGCCCCGAGCUGACCGGUUUCCUCUACGAUUCCAAGUGCAAGCGAUACCACAAGGGUUUACUUUUCUUCCCUACAAAUGAACGAAAAUGCACCAAUACUGCCUACAAACACUUCAUAUGUUUCUUCUCAACAAUACCAGAAUUAAAGAACGAAGAUCGUUUUCUCUUUGAAGGCUUUUAGAAAUAAUUU